UUCAGCUGCACCUCAUCAUACACGUUCCCUGUAGUUGGCGGUGGAACAUUUGAAGUGAAUAUAUACAUGAAUUCGAAUGACGCUACUAACAAUAUUAUGAUUUUCUUGAAUCGAGGCGUCGAGGAUGGCCCGGCACCAGCUGUCACAAUAACACUUGGACCAAAUUCGCCUGAAUAUACAGGUGGUUGGCAUGCGCUUACUGCAACUGUAUCUGGAACUGAUAGUUUUGAAGGUUAUGUAACUUUCAUGGGACAAGUUUCAGAAGGAAACAUUGCACUGGUGGAUUCUUUCCGAUACAUUCCACCCCUAUCAAGUGGAGAAGAAAUUGACUGCGACAUUUACCCUGAAGACACAGAUGUCACUGAGCCAGGUGAAACUGAAGAAACAGACGUGACAGAACCAGGAGUAACCGAAGAAACGGACUUGACGGAACCAGGGGUAACCGAAGAAACGGACGUGACGGAGCCAGGUGUAACUGAAGAAACAGACGUGACAGAACCAGGAGUAACUGAAGAAACGGAUGUGACGGAACCAGGUGUAACUAAAGAAACAGACGUCACGGAACCAGGAGUAACUGAAGAAACAGACGUGACAGAACCAGGAGUAACUGAAGAAACAGACGUGACGGGGCCAGGUGUAACUGAAGAAACAGAUGUGACGGCGCCAGGUGUAACAGAAGAAACGGACGUGACGGAACCAGGAGUAACCGAAGAAACGGACGUAACGGAACCAGGAGUAACCGAAGAAACGGAUGUGACGGAACCAGGUGUUACUGAAGAAACAGACGUCACGGAACCAGGAGUAACCGAAGAAACGGACGUGACGGGACCAGGUGUAACUGAAGAAACAGAUGUAACGGAACCAGGAGUAACUGAAGAAACGGACGUGACUGAACCAGGUGUAACUGAAGAAACAGACGUGACGGGACCAGGAGUAACCGAAGAAACGGACAUGACGGGACCAGGUGUAACUGAAGAAACAGACGUGACGGAACCAGGUAUUACUGAAGAAACGGACGUGACGGAACCAGGUGUGACUGAAGAAACAGACGUGACGGGACCAGGUAGUACUGAAGAAACAGAUGUCACGGGGCCAGGUGUUACUGAACAAACAGAUGUGACGGGACCAGGUGUAACUGAAGAAACAGAUGUGACGGGGCCAGGUGUAACUGAAGAAACAGACGUGACGGGGCCAGGUGUAACUGAAGAAACAGAUGUGACGGGGCCAGGUGUAACUGAAGAAACAGACGUGACGGGACCAGGUGUAACUGAAGAAACAGAUGUGACGGGGCCAGGUGUAACUGAAGAAACAGACGUGACGGGACCAGGUAUUACUGAAGAAACAGAUGUCACGGGGCCAGGUGUUACUGAACAAACAGAUGUGACGGGACCAGGUGUAACUGAAGAAACAGAUGUGACAGGUACGGGUGUAACUGAAAAUCCAGGUGUUACUGGAGACACAGAUUCAACUGACGAAACAGACGUGACGGAUCCUGGUGUCACUGAAGAACCAAUUAUAGAAAACCCUAACAUAAACACCGGCUUUUGGAAUCCAUUUACAAUUACAAUGGUUGUCGUCGUAUCAGUAAUAUUCUUAGCAUUACUCUCAUAUUGUUUCUUUGAAAUCGGUAAAAGGAAAGCCUUAGAUAAGGCACCGCUAUUAUACGAUGAUAUAGAAGUACCACCACCUGUAAUGGUGCCUAGAGUAACAAAAUUAUACUCUGACUCAAGUAUUGUCAAUAUGUAUAGUAACAAAUAA